AUCUGCAAGAAUUCAGUACUGUGCUGUUCCUAUCAGUGAGAGUCAAGUCAUGCUGCUUGGAGGAUAUUCUAACGGCUACUUAUCUCUUAUUGAUAUCUACAGUAUAGAGGAGGGAUUCAUUGCAGAGCUUCCAUCAAUGCCAACUGCAAGGUAUGGACUAGGAUGCAGCAUGUUUAAGGGAGAAAUAUGGACAGCUGCAGGAUACAAUGAUGGAUUUCUAGAUGUUGUAGAAAUAUUUAAUUCUUUUACAAGCACCUGGAGGAGUGGGCCUAAGCUGAUCAAGGGCAGAUACUACCUAAACAUGGAGGUUCUGGACAACAACCUGGUAGUAUUUGGAGGGGAUGGAGGUGAAGACAGCCUGGAGAAACUUGAAGGCGAUGAGUGGAGGGAGGAACCUCUGCAAUAUAAACAUGAUUAUCAUGCCUCUGUAUCAAUUCCUUGUAUUUGAUACAGAGAUGUAUGUUUAUUCUAUUGUAACUUAAAUUAAUAAUUUGAUUUAAAAUAUUGUCUUUUCUAAAAAUAAAUUGGAUUUAAUGCA